UAGGAGUAGAACGACUGUAGAAUUUAUGGUCCAUUCUCCUCUCUCUCUCUCUCUCUCUCAAAUGAAUACACGGUGCAUGCCUUGUUCUUUGUAUCCAGAUAUAAGUGCAUCAUGGAGAAGUAAUCAUAAGCAGAGCAUCACUCUAAGCUUCAAAUCCAGCAUCAUUCACCAUAAUGCUUGUGCCUACUGCCACCUGCAAGGGAAAAUUCCAUCAAAAAGUUGGAAAUUGCUCUCAGUUUGUAGAUCAAAGAAGACAUGGAGAUGUCUAUCAAAAUUGGGAGAGGAGCCCCCCAAUUUGUCCAAGAAAAAGGGAACUAUUGGUGGUGCAGUCGCUCUAAUUAUCGGGACCAGUAUUGGUUCUGGGAUACUUGCUCUUCCACAGAAAACUUCCCCCGCGGGGUUACUUCCAAGUUCAAUAACCAUGACAAUAUGCUGGGCUUUCCUUGUAAUCGAAGCACUUUUGCUAGUAGAAAUCAACGUCGGGCUUCUAAGAAAGAAGAAAAGGACAGUACAAGAAGAAGAGGAUGACCAGUUGGAAGUAAUCUCCCUCAGAACCAUGGCCCAAGAGACACUAGGAGAGUGGGGUGGAACUCUUGCUACUGUGACCUAUGUUUUCUUGGGCUACACUUCCUUGGUUGCAUACAGUUCCAAGUCUGGAGAGAUCAUUUAUCAUCUUAUCAAUCUUCCAGAGUCGUUUUCGGGCUUCUUCUUCACUGUCCUAUUUACUGUUCUGAUUUCAGUUGGAGGGACUCGAGCCACUGACCGAGUCAACCAGUGGCUCACGCUUUCCAUGAUAGGUUUGCUAGUUUCAAUUGAGGUUCUAGCCGUUGUGUUUGGAGGGUGGUCGGGACUGGAGGGAGGCGGUGACUGGGGAAAAGUUCCACCUACGAUUCCUGUGAUCAUAUUUUCUUUGGUCUAUCAUGAUCUAGCUCCUGUUCUAUGUGCUUAUUUGGAAGGUGAUUUGCGAAGGAUAAGGACUUCAGUUUUGCUUGGUAGUGUGGUGCCAUUGCUAGCAUUGCUUGUUUGGGAUGCAAUUGCACUUAGCCUAUCAUCCCAAUCCGAUCACCAAGUUGCUGAUCCUGUGGAAUUGUUGAUCAUGAGUGGGAGAUGGAACGGGGUUUCGUUCAUGGUAAAGGCCUUCUCUCUCCUGGCAGUUGGGACAUCAAUGAUAGGCACUCUCCUAGGAUUUUCAGAGUUCUUCAAGGAGCAACUUAAUAAUAUUUCACUGAAUUCUCCUUCAACGCAGCACUAUUGUGACAGACACCAGACCAUCUAUUCGUGUUACGAAAAUGGUGGGGAAGAAAUAAAGUUAGCUUCACUGCGACGGCCAUGGUCAUUGCUCCACCGCUCUUUGUAUCAACAGUAGUUCCAGAUGCAUUUUCUGCUGCAACUGACAUUGCUGUAAGUUUAUUUUCUGCGCUUGUAUGCAUGAGCUUUUUUCAUGGUGGGAGUGUGAGAUCGUGGGUAGAACACAACUACUUUUGAUUUGGAAAUACUUGAUUUUUUAUUUUUUUUUCUUCAUUAAUCUUUUUCUUUUACAUUUUUCAUGUUUUCGGAAAACAAAAGCUAGGAAAAACGCAAAAACACUUUUAAUCUCCAUUUGUUUUCAUUAUUUCGUGAAAAGAGUUACAAAAUUUUGAAAUUAAAACAUCUCUUUUGGUGCUUCUUGAAAAAUGGAAUUAAUAUGCUUCAAAAAAAAAUAAAAAAUUUGCCAACUAGUAUUAAUGUGUAUUUCAAAAGUAAUACGAGAAAAUGGAUACACGAAGAAGGAAAACUGGGCAAAAGCCGAAAAGGAACAACGAGACACAGAAGCUCCUUUCUGAUGUUAUUUCGAAGAUACUACAAGUCUACAAGCCAUGAAGGAAAAUGUGAAACAGGGUGGCUAUUGUAUGACAAUGUUAUAUGGAGUUCUUCCACCGGCGAUGGCCUGGGCAGCUAUGACUAACAGAGAAAAUGAGGAGAAGAAAACAGACCAGAAGGCGAUAUCAACCACAAGGCCUGCGCUCCUCGGGGUAGGGCUAUUCGCGUGUGGGAUCAUUUUGGAGCAAAUCUUUCACGAUCUCUCAAUGUUGCAUUUCUAAGGUAGUUCAGACGGAGCAUGACUACUUUAAUGUUACUGUUUUUCUUUUUUUGGUGGAAUCUGGAAUGUGGCAAGAUUCGAACCCCUGAUUUGCUAACAGUUGUGGAGGGCCGUUUUAUAGUGAGAGAAAUAGAAUGAGUAAUGCAUUGCACUAGCAUAA